AACACAGCUUGGAGGAGCUGAGCUGCCAAACUACAGCAGCUGCCGGACGCGGGGACAGAGCAAGGGCUUCAGCCACACCGACCACCAGCCCCACCGGAGGGAGCCAGGCCCAGCUACCAGCUCCGGUUCAUCUUGCCCGGCACCAUGACCUUCGCCGAGCUCGUGGACCGUGUGUCCAGCAAGGGACCCUUCCAGUUCCUGCACACAGUCCUGCUUGGCCUCCCAAUCCUCGGCAUGGCCAGCCACAACCUACUGCAGAUCUUCACAGCAGCCACCCCCAUCCACCACUGCCGCCCGCCACCCAACGCCUCCGCGGGGCCCUGGGUGCUCCCCAUCGGCCGGAGUGGGAAGCCUGAGAUGUGCCUUCGUUUCGUGUAUCCACCCAACACCAGCCUGCACAAUGACACCCAGGGGGCCACUGAGCCCUGCCUGGACGGCUGGACCUACGACACCAGCAGCAGGGACUCCAUUGUGAUUGAGUGGGACUUGGUGUGCAGUUCCAACAAACUGAAGGAGAUGGCCCAGUCUAUCUUCAUGGCGGGCAUACUGGUUGGGGGGCCCUUGCUGGGAGACCUGUCUGACAGGUUUGGCCGCAAGCCCAUCCUGAUCUGCAGCUACCUGCUGUUGGCGGCCAGCGGCUCAGGCGCAGCCUUCAGCCCCACCCUCCCUGUCUACAUGGUCUUCCGCUUCCUGUGUGGCUGCAGCAUCUCAGGCAUUAGUCUGAGCACCGUGAUCUUGAAUGUCGAGUGGGUGUCCACCCGGAUGCGGGCCAUCAAGUCGACUGCGAUUGGUUACUUCUACACCGUUGGCCAGUUCAUUCUGCCCGGCCUGGCCUACGCCAUCCCCCAGUGGCGCUGGCUCCAGUUAACUGUGUCUGUUCCCUUCUUCUCCUGCUUCCUGUUGUCCUGGUGGCUGCCAGAGUCCAUACGUUGGAUGGUCCUGUCUGGAAAGUCCUCCAAGGCCCUGAAGACACUCCGGCAGGUCGCUGCCUUCAAUGGCAAGAAGGAGGAGGGAGAAAAACUCAGCCUGGAGGAGCUCAAACUCAACCUGCAGAAGGAGAUUUCUUUGGCCAAGGUCAAGCACAGCUUAGCUGACCUGAUCCGGACACCCAUCCUGCGCCGUAUGACCUUCUGUCUUUCCCUGGCCUGGUUUUGCACCGGUUUUGCCUACUACAGUUUGGCUAUGGGUGUAGAGGAAUUUGGAGUCAACCUCUACCUUCUCCAGCUCAUCUUUGGUGGGGUUGACAUCCCAGCCAAGUUCAUCACUAUCAUCUCCAUAAGCUAUCUGGGCCGGCACACCACAGAGGCCGCUGUUCUACUCCUGGCAGGAGGGUCCAUCCUGGCUCUCAUCUUUGUGCCCUCGGACUUGAUGACCCUGAGGACAGUUUUGGCCGUAUUUGGGAAGGGAUGCCUGUCCAGCUCCUUCAGCUGCCUCUUCCUCUACACAAGCGAGCUCUACCCCACGGUCAUCCGGCAAACAGGUAUGGGCGUAAGUAACCUGUGGGCCCGCGUGGGAAGCAUGAUGGCCCCGCUGGUGAAAAUUACAGGGGAGUUGCAGCCCUUCAUCCCCAAUGUCAUCUUUGGGACCAUCACCCUCCUAGGAGGCAGCGCAGCCCUCUUCCUGCCUGAGACGCUCAAUCGGCCCUUGCCAGAGACUAUUGAAGAUGUAGAAACCUGGUCCCUGCGGGCAAAGAAGCCAAAGCAGGAGCCAGAAGCAGAAAAGGCAUCCCAGAAGAUCCCUCUGCAGCCUAGUGAGCCGGGCCUGGGCCGCAGCUGAGGGCAACAGACUGUCCUUCCCCUGCCCUUCAGAGACUAACCCUUGCCUGUCUCUGGGCUCCGAGGGCACCUUGGGGAUGGCCCUGGAUGGAUCCAUGUUCCUAGGACACAGUCUUUGGAGAACUUGGUGAAGUUCACCAACAGAGGCCCCCAACCCAGCCCUGGCCAGCUCAAAGUUUGGGCCACAGGCUUUUGCACAACCCACCUUGCCUGCAUCCUCCCUGCAGCCCAGGCUGACAUUCUUCUGUCCAGCCCUUCCCCACUGGCCACUUCCCCCAUUGUUCCCACCCUCUUCCCUCUCUUGCUCCUCAUUUUUCAAUGGGAGAUUUCAAUAAACAGCAAUGGAGAACUCGA